AUGAAGGAUUUUGUGGCGAGACUGAGUAAUGUAAGCUCUGACGGCAAGUUUCAACCGGCUAAGGAUCGCUACCAUCUGUAUGUCUCCUUGGCCUGUCCGUUUGCUCAUCGCACCAUCAUCACGAGGAAGCUUAAAGGCCUAGAAGAUGUGAUAGGGAUGACCAUUGUAGACUACCUUCGAGAUGACAAUGGAUGGGCAUUCACUGAUCAGCGCCCAAAGACUUCACUAGACACUGUCAAUAACUGCAAGUACCUCCGAGAGGUGUACAGAAUCGCAGAACCGGGUUACGAUGGUCGCGUUACCGUACCGGUCUUGUGGGACAAGCAGAACAAGUCCAUCGUGAACAACGAAUCCGCUGAGGUCCUUCGUAUACUCAACAAGCAGUUCAAUGCCUUCUCAGCUACGGAGGAGCAGCGAAAUCUAGAUCUUUCUCCAGAUGAACUGAUGGAAGCCAUUGAGGAUAUCAACUCCUGGAUUGCUCAAGAUAUUAACAUAGGUGUAUACAGUGCUGGUUUCGCCACCACUCAAGAAGCCUAUGACCAAGGCGUGAUCAAACUCUUCAAAGCUCUGGACAGGGUGGAGGAUGUAUUGUCUAGGUCUCGUUAUCUAUGCGGAGAUCGUUUGACCGAGGCCGACAUCCGUCUCUUCACGACCCUGAUACGUUUCGAUGUCGUUUACGCUCAUCAUUUCAAGUGUAACAAGAAGCGGAUCGUGGACUAUCCCAAUCUCUGGGGUUUCACACGUGAUCUGUAUCAGAUGCCUGGUAUCGGAGAGACUGUAGACCAAGAACAUAUCCAGAAACACUACCAGAUGGUUCACCGACACAUCAAUCCUAACGGCAUCGUCGCCAUCGGACCCGAUCUCGACUUCGAUUCUCCACACGGCAGGGAUGUUAAAUUCCAAAAGUAGAAGGAUUGAAAUUAGGAAUAUCUAAAAACCAUGGAGCAAACAAAAUCACAAGGGCUGAUCCAGGAUUUCAAGAAUAAGGGAACACAGAAAGUGGGUCAAUUUUUCAAAAUUGGGGGUCAAAAGUAGAUGUUCUCUGUGCCCCUAUAGAAUAUAGAUUCGAUACAUUUUGAUCAUCAGAUUUUUUCAAUGAUACAGUUUAUUUGAAAUGUCUUUUUUACUUUAUGUAUAAUAAGAUAUAAGUAAAGAUAAAAUACAUUCAUGUUAUGUAGUGCCUUGUUUGUGUGUGGGGGGAUUUGUGUGUAGAUAUGACGUGUGGUAGCUGAUAAUGUAAACCAAUUAAGACCAACUUUUCCUCUGAAUGCAACCUAUAGUAUCCCUGUUAGUUAUUUUAUUUCUAUUAUAUUUGCUUGUUUAUUAUUUGUUCUUGUAUACUUGUCUAAUGUCAUCAUGAAUGCCAUGAAUCAUUUUUAACUAUUUGUAAUUAUUACAAUUUUGAUGAUUUAAUUUAACAAAACAUAUACAAAUAUAUCCUUUUCCUCUGAAUAUGAGUUAACUUUUUAAAAAGGUUCAUAACUCUAACGAUCGCCCAUGGAGGUCACUGGACAAUCAAUCAUUUAGGAUGACUUAAUGUAAAUGAAGGUGUCAUAAUUUUUCCAUCAGAUUAGUUUUCAUCCAAUAUUUUACAUGAGUAUAAGAGAACCGUGCAAACAUCUUUUGGUCAACAUUCGUUUUGUCUGCAUUUGUAUAAACUCGCUUCAAAUUAUUUUGGAGAGUUGUAGGUCUAAAAAGCUAAAACACGAUUUCCACAAGAACAUCUAUCCCAUAACACUCUGUACGGUAAACUGAAGGCCCUUGUUUUAUGUGCAUGUCGUGUAGCUAAUAAAACGCAUUCAUUCCUAUUCUUCGGACCAAAUCAGAAGACGCAUUCAAAGCACAGUAUGUCGUCCGAAUUACAGGUAGUACCAGUCCAUUCAUUUACAGAGGAUACAGGAAGGGACAGAGGGAGACCAACCCUACUUUUUCAAAGAGUAAAAUGAAGA